AUGUUUAGUAAUAAUAAUAAUAAUAAUAAUAAUAAUCAUAAUGGCAAUCAAUUCUUGGGGUCAAUGCCACAGCAGCAGCAGCAACAACAACAACAAAACUAUAUUCAACAACAACAGUUUAAUCAACAACAACAACAACAUCACAAUAACAUGUUUAUAAAAAUGGAUAACGAAGCAAGUCACCUUCAUCAUCAUCAACAACAACAAUUUAAUCAACAUGGUAACAAUACAUCAUCAUCAUUAAUACCAUCACCUCUACCACUUUCACAACCAUCAAGUAAUAUUACAGGAUCAUCAGAAUUAUGUUUUCUUCAAGAUUUACAACAAAAUAUAUUUUCACCACAAAGCAACAUUCCAACACACAUGGAAAUGUUAUCAAACUCUGGCAACUCUUUAUUCAGUGGUUUGACGAUGUUUUCCAAUCUAAACUCAUCACAACCAAUCAUAAUGAAUAACAGCGGUAGCAAUCAUUCUAAUCUAUUGGCUAUAAAUGAAAAUAUGUCUGAACAAUUGGUUAAAGCAACACCAAUCAUAAUACCAACUAUUAAUACUCCAAUACCACCACCACCCCCACAACAACAACAACAACAACAACAACAAGUAUCAUUAACAAAUAAUAAUAAUAAUAAUAACAAUAAUAAUAAUGAUGAUAAUAACGAUAGUGAUAAUGAAAUGAAUGUUGAACAACCAUCAUCAAAUGAUAAACUUGUUGGAGUGAAAAGAAUAGACCUGUCAUCAUCAACAUCAUCAUUAAGUGAAGCAACUUCAACAAUCUCUACCAAUGGUGGUGGUGGUGGUGGUGGAAUUCAUAUUAAAAAGAGAAGAUAUAUUAUUGACCAAAAUCAUAUCUUUCAUUGGACUCCUUAUUGCUCAAACUAUUGGCAUAGAAUAGUAUCACCUUUUGGAACUGAAUUACUCCCACCAACUUUGAUUAUUUUAGCAGAAAAAGGAUUUUCAUAUAGUGAGGUUGAUUCAUCAUGGGUUUAUUAUCGUAGAAACCAUUUCCAACUCGGAGUAUCUAUACAACAUCAUUUUACCAUUGAUGACAAUAGCCGGCCAUUGGUUGAAAUCAAUUCUGUCACUUAUCCAAUAGAAUCAUUGAAUAUUGGAAUCCGUGGUGUAAAAAGUACCGAUAUUGGCAAUCCUGCAGAGGAAGUAGAGGUUGAAUUGUACCAAACCAAUUCAAAACGUGAAAAGAAUGAAGAGAAACAACCACCUCUUAUGCCAAUCACCAACUGCAAUACAGUAGCCAUUCCUCGUCUUCAUUUCAGAAAGGCAACUUCAAACAAUGCUCGUAAACACAAGCUUCCAAACCCACAACAAGAAUUUUUCAGAUUGGUUAUCACUGUUAGUGCUCGUUAUCAUCAAAGAGAUUACUGCGUCAUGUCUCUUAUCUCCGAUCCAUUGAUUGUUCGUACCGGUCAUCCAACUUUAACUUUUGGUUCUUUAUCAUCAACAACCAAAAUUAGCUCAAAGGAUAACAAUAAUAAUAAUAGUAACUCUAAUAAUAACACUACUUCUACUACUAAUAAUAAUACUAAUUCAACAAGUGGUACACCAAGUGGUAUACCAACACCAGAGGAAGGACUGUCGUCGCCACUUGUGUUGCAACAACAACCACAAUUUUCGCCACUUGCAACACACUCGUCACCAAGAACAUUACAACUUACACCUACUACUACAAACAACACACCCAUUUUCACUCAUUCCCAACAUCAUCAUUCACCACUUAUUGUAACACGAUCACCACUCAAUGCUUCGAGUAACCAAAUUCCUCCUCCACCAUCUCAACAAUUGCCACUAUUUAGUCUUGGCACAAAUAAUAAUAAUAAUAAUCAUAAUAAUGUCACCACAUCCACAAUGACAUCACCAUCAUCUCCAUUGACAAUGUUAAAGAAUCAUCAAGAAGAAUCAAUGACAACUGCCAAUGUAUCUUCUACCUCUUCAACUGCAACAUCGGCUCAACAACAACAAACCAUUAUUCAAAACAUUUAUCAUUCUCCACCAUCAUCAUCACACAACUCACCUGAUCAAGAUCAAUAUAACCAACAAUUACAACAACAACAACAACAACAAAUCAUUUUACAACAACAACAAUUUAAUACUACAAACUAUCACCCAUUACAACAACAAAUCAUUCAACAACAAAAUAAUACACCAUCAAGUUCAACAACAGAUGUAGAAAAUGAUUCACCACCUACUAUAGGUACAACCUCAACAACAACAACAAAUAAUAAUAAUAAUAUUGAAGUCAACGGACAAUGGGAUCAAAAUCAUAGAGGGGGUAUCUAUCGAUAUGGUAAUGUUGGUAUUAACAAUGCAGAGCCAAAUGAAGCCCUAUCGGUUCAUGGCAACAUUGCAGUUACUGGAACCACAUACAAUCCAUCAGAUAGAAGAGUAAAGAAAGACAUUAAGCCAGUCAAUACCAAGGAGCAAUUGGAAAAGAUCAAGAAGCUUCAACUCUAUGACUACCAACUCACCGACCAAUGGGCCAAAGAUACUGGUAUCACUGAAAAGAAGGAACGUGGUGUUUUGGCCCAAGAACUUCGUGAGGUUAUACCCAAUGCAGUCAAGGAAACUGGUGACAGAGAACUCUCAGACGGAACAGUUCUCAAAGACUUUUUAAUGGUCAACAAGGAUGCCAUCUUUAUGGAAAACGUUGGUGCCACCCAGGAAUUGUCUAAAAAGGUGGACAAUGUUUGUAUUGAACUCGAUAUUCUAGACAAGAAAAAGAUCGAGGUACUUGGAAACAAGGUAGGAGAGUUGGAACAACAAACAAUACGAGAGAUUGAAAAGAACCGAAAACGUAAAAAGAUCUUUAUCACUGUCGGUAUUAUCACUGUCUUUUUAAUCCUUUCAUUGGUUGCCCUAUCUGCUAUAUUGGGUACCCUCAAGUCUGGCAUUGGAGAUGUUAAUAUCCCAUCGACAGGUGGUUUCCUCAAUACCGAUUCAAGUUGUGACUCUGCUCUCUGUAAUACUACGGCCACAACCAACUCAACAACCACCAAUACAGCCAGUGCGACCACUCAUGGCGCAACCACAACCACCCCUACAACCACCGCCACUGAUACAACAACUGGAGUAGACACUACAACAGCUACUGCCACUACAACAGCCGCUCCAACCACUACAACAGGUCUAUCUACAAUUGUUUCAUCAGUUCCAAGUGAUAUGGCUACCACCACCGAUCAAUCAACUUUAAUUUCUCUUUCACAACAUUUAUUAAAUCUUUAUAUAGGUACCUAA